CUGUAUAAAAAGUUUUCAAUAAAACUAAAAAUAAAAAUACGUCAACUCAACAAAACAAAUUUAGAUUUCAACAACACAAUAGAACAAAAUUAGGAUUAACAAUGCAUUUUACUAAUUAAAAAAUGGAAUAUGUUCACCUCAGUGAACAUGAAAUGUAUGCGGAUGGCAAGAGGAAUAAAAUAGUGGCAUGGAAUGGGAGCAAAAAAACAAAUAAAACAAAAAUAGCGGUACAGAAUUAGAAGAAGAAAAACAAGGGAAGGGAAAGAGAAAGAGAAAUAAUAACCCCAACAACAUGUAAAGUAGAGCUACCUACCAAAUCCAGCACUAACUUAAUUGUAGCCACUCGUCUUUCUCACCAACUCGGUCAAAUACCCAUUCCAAACACUUGAAUAUUAAUAAUUGGUAGGUUCCCGAGUCAAUUGCAUCCUUUCUCUUCCUCUCCUCUCCUCUCCCUCACCUCACUGCCUUCCAAUUUAUAUUCUUUUGUCUUCCAUUUCUCUUCACUUUGUCCACAAUCUCACACCCACAUAUAUUUUUCUUGUUUCGAGCUCCUUUUACUGCUCCUUUUAGGUAAACCAUGGGCAGAUCUCCUUGUUGUGAGAAAGAGCACACAAACAAAGGUGCAUGGACGAAAGAGGAAGAUGAGCGUCUCAUUAACUACAUUAAACUUCAUGGUGAGGGUUGUUGGAGGUCUCUCCCCAAAGCUGCUGGUUUGCUAAGAUGUGGCAAGAGUUGUAGGCUUAGGUGGAUAAACUACCUUAGGCCGGAUCUCAAGAGAGGAAACUUCACAGAAGAAGAAGAUGAACUCAUCAUCAACCUUCAUGGCUUACUUGGAAACAAGUAUAUAAUUUCUUUCAAUGAGCUUUUUAUUAACUGGGUUUCUCUUAGUUUUUGUUUAAAUAUUUUGCUUUUCCGAUAUCUCUUUAGAUGGUCUCUUAUUGCUGCUCGCCUACCUGGAAGAACUGACAAUGAAAUCAAGAACUACUGGAAUACCCACAUCAGAAGAAAGCUCUAUAACCGUGGAAUCGACCCUCAAACUCACCGUCCUCUCAACUCCACCACCAGUGUGGCCACCGCGAACAGUGACACGACCACCUCAGCCACUGCAGCACUUAUCAGUAGCAGGAAGGAAAGCACUGAUAUGAGCAACAGCAGUAGUGUUUCUCAGUUAUUAGAAAUCCAAAACCCAUUGGCACCAAUUACUAACAUGAAGGAUUGCAAAUCCAAUAUUAUCAAGGUUGGUACAGAUACGUCAGCUGAAGAUUCAAACUGCAGCAGCGGUGUGACAAUGGAAGAAGCAUACCCAAAAAUCAAUCUUGAGCUAUCUAUAGGUCUUCCACAUCAUCAGUCUCCUCAGAUUUCUUCUAUAAGUUUUACCGAGCAGAAACAAAGAAACCAACAACAUCAACACCAACUGUUUGCAUAUCUAUUUUCUGGGUCAUCUACUAAAUCUAUAUGCCUGUGUUGCAGCUUAGGGUUUCAGAAUAAUAAAAUAUGCAGUUGCAGCAAUAGUGUUAUAGAGAGUUGGAGACAUCCUAAUCGCUCUUGAAACUCAAAACUUACUUCCUAUGGUGGAAACAAACAAAACCAACCCAAAAGUAGUUGUAAUAACGCAACAGUUUUAACAAAUUUUCCAUACUGAUCAA